UAGGUGGCACGUGAAACAAGGAGACGGAGUGGUGAGCGCGGAAGAUGGCUUCCGCCAUGUCGCGGGGAGCGGAGCUGUGGAGCUUUUGGACUUUUAUCUCCUUCUUCUUCUUGUCGGCUGUCGCGCUGCUCAACUUAGAGGAGCUAAAUGAGAUGAAAUACGGCAUCGAGAUCCUACCGGACCCUGUUAUCCGAGGCCAGGCGCUGUCUGAAGAUGUGUUGGUUGUGUCCUCAAAGUACAAGCAGCUGUAUGAAUGCAAGCUGCCUGCCCAGGCAAAGAAGUUUCAGCAGGACUCGUCUACAGAGGAGGACUCCGAUGGCUACACGGGCCUGGAGAUAUCCGAGCUACUGAAGCCCAUGGAUGGCGCACCCUGUCUGUUUAAGACCAAAGAUUGGUGGACAUAUGAGUUCUGCUAUGGACAGUUCAUCAGACAGUAUCACAUGCAAGAUUCAGAAAUUAAAGGGGAUAUCAUCUACCUCGGCUAUUACGGGUCAGAGUUUGACUGGAACAAUGAAACAGCAAAGGCCUCCAAGCAACACCGACUCAAGCGCUAUCAUAGCCAAACCUAUGUCAACGGAUCAAAGUGCGACCUGAAUGGAAAGCCAAGGGAGACUGAAGUGAGAUUUCUUUGUGAAGAAGGUUCAGGUGACUACAUUGCUCGCGUGGAUGAGCCCCAGUCCUGCAGCUAUGUCUUGACCAUUCACACAACACGGACUUGCCACCAUCCGUUCCUGCGGCCACCGUCUUCCAUCAAGCCGCAGCAUAUUACCUGUCAGCCUGCCUUGAGCCCGGAACACUAUGUGGAGUAUGUCAAGGCCCAUGUCUCCGACACGAAACGAAAAGUGGAGCGCAUCUCCAAGGAACUUGAAAACUUAGAUGAGAUCCUAAGCAAAGACGUAAAUGGUAAGGAGGAGCAGCAGCAGGAGGAAGAGGAGGAGGUGGUAGUGGAUGAGGAUAUGGAGGAAGCCUUGCGCACCAUGGAGGAUGGAGAGGCGCCCCACAUAAUGGGCACAGACCAGCCAGAGGACUCGUCCAGUGAGUUCUGGGACCAGAUUAAUAGAGCCGACAGCCUGGAAUUGGAUGGAAGUGAACAGGAGGAAGAGCCUUCUGUGUCUGAAGCAGAAGCCAUAGAAGAGGAGGAGGACUUUGUGGAUCAGGGAUUUGAGAAUCACCGGUUUAAAUUUAAAAUUAUAAAGAAUCCCACUGAUCUAAUGAAGCUCAUACAACAGUUGAAGAAGACUGCAAACAAGCUGACAGUGGAGAAUUCGGAAGGAGACGCAAGUUCACCGCCAGAGGAUGGGAAAAGGGAAGACAUCACAGAAGAAACAUCUGAGAAUGAUGUUAAUGGGAAAGAUGGAUCAGAGGACUCCUUGAAUGGAGUACAGCAUGAAGGAGAUCUAAAGGAAGAUGUGCGGAGAGCAUUAGACAGCAGUCAGAAAGAGGAAGCUGAAGGACUGAAGGGAGAGUUUGAUCGGAAGCAGGCCAGCAAGACCCUGAAUACCCCGGCAGACAAGGUGGAGGGCACCGGUGAUGAACAGCAUGAAGAAGAUGCUGUAGACGUGAGCAGGGCCAGUGCCAGUCAGGCACCUCGACAGCCUGAUGAUGCUGUUGAGCAGCAGCAGCAGCAGCAGGAGGAGGAGGAGGAGGAAGGCCAAAUAAAAAUCAGAAUUACUAAAUUUAAACCAGGCAGCAGCUCAGCUUUGAAAGAUGUGAAGGUGCAGGAGAUGAGCGAUGCUGACCCCCGGAUACAGCAAAUCCGAGACGUGGUGAAAGGGCAGCUAGAGAAAGCCGGCCUGAAGGCGGAAGGUAAAAUCGAGGUGAAAAUCCUGAGCCGAGGAGGUGCAGAUGAUGACGAUGUGCACUGGCUGACCGAGGAAGACACAAAGUCAUUUCGGGAGCUACUCAUCAAUCUGCUGACGAGUGGCACAGAGGAGGUUUACAAAGAGCAGCAGAGGCAGCAGGAGCUGGAGAACAACUACCAGUUCGUGUGGGGAGAGAAGGCGCAGGAGGAGGCGACGACGGGAGCGCCGAGUAGCACGGACCCCGAUGACGUGGACUUCUGAGACCCCGAGCUGGUGCGGCGGUGCGCUUUUGUAUUUUUUUUGUUUGGUUUUUUUCCUCUUUUUUUAAAAUAAACGUUUCAGAUGCGUCUGCGGAAGAGGCCUGCUGCCAAUCUGCGGCCGCCUUCCAGCUCCCGAGGAGGUCUUACACUGGAGACGUGAGCAGACGACGCCGAGCCACCGCCACGUGAACCGAAUGUCGACAAUAUUUGCACUUGUUGUGAUUUCCGGAGGGGGGCCAGCGGCAGAAAUUUAAGGAGAAAUUUAGGAAGCAGCCUCUUGGAGAACACAGUUGUCUGUGAUGAAUUGAUUUGCCCGAGCGGGCAGACCUGCCAUGCCAAUCACUCAGCCCGUGGCCUCAGUCAUCGGAUACCCUUUGGCUGCUGUGGUCGACUGGCAUCUGAGCCAACUCUUGAAACUCUUCUGCUCGUGGUGAAGGAUCCCCGUUGCCGCUCUGUAAAGGUUUGUGAAUGUUUGUGCGGCGCCGUGGACUUGUGUACGUAUACCACCAUGCCAGGAUGGACACUUCUGCCUCCUCUUCCUCUCGCCAGUAGCCUGUGUGCUAACCGAGUCAUAAAUUUGUUAUUUAAACAGAGAUGACGGGGAGGGCGUCUCUAAUAUUUGUCCCCGUCUUCUUCAGUGCACAGUUUGGGCUGAGGUGCCGCCUGGACUUGGGCUUACCCCCAAAAAGAAGCAGCGUUGGCACACUUGGCGAGGGCGGUGGCACCGCUUUCAGACUUUCCCGCUAAGUGAAGCUCUUUCACAUAGAAACCCUCUUCAGCAAAAAAAAAAAAAAAGUGUUGUGUGGAAUAAAUGAUGGCGAGGCCUUGGCACUGAUUAAAUGGGUCACAUGCCGCCCUUCUAGUC